UAAAUGGAUAAACUAAUGGUCAGCAAAAAGUAGGCGGCACUGGUUCAAACGCUGCCACGUGUCCGGAUAGAUUUCGAGAUGGCAAUAAUGUACACAUGCCAAAUAGCACCAACAACAAGAAAAAGAACACCAGCAGCAGCGACACCAACAAGAAGAACAACAAACGACAUGUGCAACGUUUCACGCAAAAGCAAUGUAAACAACUUGCAGGCAAGUUGUUCAUUGCGCUUCCUGGCCAUUAUCCUUCCAUUGUCUUGCCUACUGACGCAUGUGGCUGCGACGGAGCCGCUUAAGGUGAUCUACGCAGUGAAUGCCGGCGGCGAUAGGCAUACGGAUCAAAAUGGCAUACAUUAUACGGCGGACACGUUGAAAGUGGGAAUCGCUUCCGACUAUGGCAAGCAUUUGCUGAUGAUUGGCCGGGUGCAGGAGCAGGACGAGCUUCUCUAUCGCACCGAACGCUAUCACACCACAACUUUUGGCUAUGAUUUUCCCGCCGAUGGCGAUGGUGACUAUGCGCUCAUCAUGAAAUUCUGUGAAGUGUAUUUCGAUGCACCCAAUCGCAAGGUGUUCGAUGUGCUCCUGAAUCGAAGGCAUACUGUGGUCAAGCAGCUGGACAUCUACAAUCAGGUGGGACGCGGCUCGGCGCACGAUGAGAUCGUCUACUUUAAGAUCAUCAAUGGCCGGCUGCACUAUGAGGCUGAGGGUGAGAUUGAGACAUCGGAUGUACGCAAUGGGCAGCUACGCUUGGACUUUAUCAAGGGUGCGUUGGAUAAUCCGAAGAUUAAUGCAUUUGCACUGCUCAAGGGCGAUGUGUCGCAGUUGCCGCGUAUGCACAGCACUGAGGCCAGUGAUCGUCGGGUGGAGGCCGAGGAGGAGGAGAAGCCGCGUCAGUUGCUUCAAGAGCGCAUUGUGCGCUACAACGAGAAACAGACGCAACGAGGCUAUGACGAUGAUGCGGACGAGGAUGAAGAUGACUACGAUGGGGAGGAGCAAACCCAACCACAACAAAAUUCACAGCAGCAGCAACGCCAAGCUCAACAGCAACAACAGCAGCAUCAACAACAACAAUCGGCCACGCAGAACUCGAAGCGUAUUCGAAGCGGACCACGUCAACCAAAUCCGUAUUCCAUGGAUGAUUCAUCGAUCCUGAUGCCCGUAUUUGUUGCCAUCUGUGCAUUUAUACCGCUGCUGUUUUGCCUGUGCAAGCUGUGAUCCCCAUGGGAUCCCCAUUUUAGCUAUCGUGUUGAUUUUUGUGAUUUUUAUAAAAGACUUAAUUGUAUAAUUAUGGUUUAGUUUAGUAGCGACAAACAUGUACUCGUUUUUUUUGUCAACACACAAAAACAACGCACAAAUCUCUCUAAUUACAAUUUAUACUAUAUGUAUAUAUAUAUGUAUACAUAUAGUAUAUAUAUAUAGUCUUAUUAUGUGUUCCUUCUUUGGAUUCAGACCCGCCUCCAAAUUGCCAGGCUCGUUUACUUAAGCUAACAGCAACGCAUCGACAAGUAGCUCUCCCUCCCAUGAGAAAUGCAGUUAUGUAUAUGAUAUAUAUGUAUAUAUAUACAUAUAUUUAAGAUAUUGACAUACCUAUAUGAAAUGCAGUUUUGGUUAUUUUUUUUAGCAAUUGCUUAAAACUAAUUCAAUGGAAAAUAAAACUUGUUUGUUAUCGACAAAUUGUUUAAUGAUAUUGCAUAAUAUAUACCUGAUACAAAUGAAGUGGAUUCAGUGAAGUGUAUCUUAAUUGGGGGGAUUUGAAAGUUAUU